AUGAAACCAAAAGAUCUUUUAAUUUUCAAAUUGUAGAAUCAAGUGAAGAUAUGAUAGAUCUUAAAUAUGAGGCAGCUAACAAACUAGAUAUGGUACUUGAGCAGAAUUUAAAUGAUGAUAAUAAUCAAAAUUCUGAGAAGGAGGACAGCGAAAACAUUAAUAAUAAAGAAGAGGAUGCUAAUAUGAUAGAAAAUGACUAUGAAAAGGAAGUUGAUGAAAUGUAUAAAGGAAAGAUAGACUAUAAAGCUGAAGUGGAAGUCAAUAAAAUGUAUAGAGAAGAUAUUGAAGAGACAGACCGGAUAGAUAGAGUGGAAUUUGAUGAGAUAGAGGAUGAAGAAACUACUAAAAGAAUAACAAAAAGCACAAAAGCAAAGGUUACACAACAAGUAAGAAUAUUUCAAGAACAAAAAGACAAUGAACAAUAUGUCAAACAAAGAUUAAAGCAUAACAUAAACCAUCUCCUCCAUGGCAACAAUAAAAUUCCUUAUCACAAUGUCUUCCAACAUGACCAUGAUUGGAACCAUAAUCCUCACCCAAAACCUACUAAUACUCAUCAACCGAAACCUACUCCUCUUGGUAUCACAAUCACUUGUCCAGAUGAAGGAAGUAACUUUAUUUCUGGAGACAAUAUCAAAAUUUCUUUCUGCCCCAAUAAAUCCAUAACAAAAAUUGAUAGUAUAGACUUUAAGCUUAAUGAACCUGCAAAAGAAUGUUAUACCUAUAUCUAUACUCUUCUGUUGGUUGCCCCUAAUGCUCAAUAUGUUAUUGCUAUAACUACUGUGUCUGGACUUACUGAAUCUGGAACUUUCUUCAUUAAUAAUCCAGGUUUUGGGUUAGUUAUUUCUAAACCAACAUUUGGUCAAAAAGUUAAGAGUGGUGAUAAACUUACUAUCAAAUGGAAGGUUCGUAAUAUUCAAAUUAUAUCAAAACUUUCUCUUGAUAUCAUAUUUAUUACUGGACCUGGCUCUAAUAUACUUAGUUAUCUUGCAAUAAAUGUACCAGUUUCAUUAGAAAAAGAGACAGUUACGAUUUCUAAGGAUAUUCAAAGUCUUCAGGAUUAUAAUAUUAUUAUUCAAGUCAACCAUUCUAGUAGUGGUCUCGGUGUAGAGGCUUAUCAAUCAGAUACAUUUACUAUUUUAUAA